AUGGAGGCUACAAUUGUACCCCCUCCGAAAGAUACCAAUGCAACUAUAUUGCUUAUGGGAUUGCGAAGAAGUGGUAAAUCCUCAAUAUGCAAAGUCGUUUUCCACAACAUGCAACCACUAGAUACAUUGUAUCUCGAAAGUACUUCCAAACCCACAAAUGAACAAUUUUCCUCGUUAAUUGAUUUGUCAGUAAUGGAGCUUCCCGGACAGUUGAACUACUUUGAGCCAAACUAUGACUCAGAAAGACUAUUCUCCUCCGUUGGUGCUUUAGUAUACGUUAUAGACUCGCAAGAUGAAUAUUUAAAUGCAUUGACAAAUUUAUCCAUGAUUAUUGAUUUUGCAUAUAGAGUCAAUCCAAAGAUAAAUAUAGAAGUUUUGAUACAUAAAGUCGAUGGGUUGAGCGAAGAUUAUAGAAUGGAUGCACAACAAGAUAUCAUGCAAAGAACAGGUGAUGAAUUACUAGAUUUGGGGUUGGAAGGAGUCCUGGUGAGUUUUUACUUGACUUCAAUCUUUGAUCAUUCGGUAUACGAAGCCUUUUCAAGAAUUGUUCAACGUUUGAUACCGGAAUUACCUUCAUUGGAACAUAUGUUGGAUAACCUCGUUCAACAUUCAAGUAUUGAUAAAGUGUUUCUAUUUGACGUUAAUUCUAAGAUAUAUGUGGCCACUGAUUCACUGCCAGUUGAUAUACAAACUUACGAAGUAUGUGCUGAAUUUAUUGAUAUAACAAUUGACUUGGAUGAUUUGUAUAUCGAAAAUGAUCAAAACAACAACAAAAGUGGAGUCAAAGGCGCUGAUGGAAAUAAAGAGUUAAGAUCAGUAAGUCAUUUAUCAAGUGGGUCUACAUUGUAUUUAAAGCAAAUGAUAAGAGGGUUGGCUUUGGUGGCAUUGAUACGAAAUGAGGGUUUUAAUGAUACAGCAGCCGAUUCAGAAAAAUCAUUGACAAUUAUAGAAUAUAAUGUUGACUUGUUUAAGCAGGCGUUGAUAAAGAUGUGGACGCCAAAACGUUAA